AUGUGUCAGUUAUCGACCACCGCCAUGAUCUGCGAGCAAUGCCGCCGCCUGAUCACCUACGCCUCCGUCAAGUCCUUCUGCAGCACAGAAGAGUGUAUGAAGAAACUACAGGAUUCAUCCCAGUAUGUUUCCUGCCUGACAUGCAACAAAUGCAACCCUUCUGGCAAGGGUCUAGGCACACGACGUGAUGGCCUCGUCAAUGUACCACAUCCAGAUCACCAGAUCUUGAGAGCAAAUUCUGCAUCUCAAUGA